AUGAUAACAACAACUGUCUUUCGUCAUCAACAUCUUGCUUCAAUUACUGUGCAUUCAACAAUAGUAGCUAUUGUGCAUCAAAUACUUCCAUGGUUGAACACUGGUAGCAUGAAUACUGCACGAGCUGCACAUACAACAUCUGUACUACUAAAUGGAGAAGUAUUAGUUACUGGUGGAUUGAAUUAUACUUCUCCUUUAAAUAGUGCUGAAUUGUAUGAUACAUCAACAGGAAUUUGGGCAACGACUGAUAGCAUGAAUGAUGCUCGAGCUGAGCACACAACAUGA